GCCGGCGGUGCAAUGGCAUGUGAAUGGGCUUGUCAAGUCACACAUUGGCACUCUGUGCAUUAGACGCAUGGGUCGCAGCAUCCAGCCGAGAAGCAAUGUGUCGCUGCUGCCGCUAGUCGUACAACAUCUGGAGGGAAGGCCGCAGGUUGGACGCCUCCAAUACGGUUUCUCAGAGAAUCCGCUGUGCCACUGAAGAGCACCUGGUGGGCAUCCCGUAUUACCCACACUGCAAUGGGAAGCAUAUUUUCUGUGCUUCAAAGAAUGACUAAACAGAGUUAAUAUUUCCUCAGCUUCGAAGUCAAGAGAGUAAGUGAUAUGUCACCGUCACUAACUUAUAAAGAGAGCAGACAGCGUCGUCAAAACAACCUGUAUUCUGACUUGAACAAUGUUGAAUACAGUGGUCAAGAAGAUAUGGAUGAAGAUGGCAGAGAGGCUUUGCUACAGGACUGUGAACUGUCUGCUCCCCAAAAAUCUGCCAAUUAUAAAGCAGAGCUAGGGAAUAUUCUUUUUUUGCUUUUUCUAUAUGUUUUGCAAGGAAUUCCCCUGGGACUUGCUGCAAGUAUUCCUUUAAUACUCCAAAGUAAAAAUGUUAGCUACACAGACCAAGCAAUCUUCAGCUUUGUCUUCUGGCCAUUUAGCCUCAAGCUGUUCUGGGCACCAUUGGUGGACUCCCUGUACAUUAAGAAAUUCGGCCGCAGGAAAUCCUGGCUGGUUCCUACACAGUAUAUUUUGGGAUUGUUUAUGAUGUACUUAGCAGCCACAGUAGACAAUCUCCUCGGUGGAGAACAUGGCCCGGAUAUGUUUGCUUUAACAGCUACUUUCUUUUUAUUUGAAUUCUUGGCUGCCACUCAGGACAUUGCAGUGGAUGGCUGGGCUCUGACCAUGCUUUCCAAAGAGAACGUGGGGUAUGCUUCAACAUGCAAUUCUGUAGGACAGACAGCUGGAUACUUCAUGGGAAAUGUUCUCUUCCUUGCACUGGAAUCAGCAGACUUUUGCAACAAGUACUUAAGGAUUACUCCACAGCCCAAAGGAUUGGUUACUCUUCCAGACUUCUUGUUCUUCUGGGGAGUAAUAUUUCUGGUUACUACAACCUUCGUAGCGGUGCUGAAAAAAGAGAACAAGAAUGAAAAAGCAAGCAAGGAAGAGACUCAGAGUGUGAAAGAGGCCUAUGGCCUCCUGUUAAACAUAGUGAGAAUGCCGGCCGUUCUCAAGUUCUGUGUCUUGCUCUUAACAGCAAAGAUUGGAUUUUCAGCAGCCGAUGCAGUCACAGGCCUUAAACUUAUAGAAAGGGGAGUUCCUAAAGAACAUUUGGCUCUUCUGGCAGUGCCUAUGGUCCCCCUGCAAAUCCUCCUACCUUUGAUAAUCAGCAAGUAUACUGCAGGCCCAAAACCCCUGGACAUCUUCCUCAAAGCCAUUCCUUUUAGGUUAUUGAUGGGAUUAGAAUUUGCCUUUUUAGUUUGGUGGACUCCAAGAGUAAGCCAUGAGACUGGAUUCCCUCUGUAUUAUUAUCUUGUGAUUCUGCUGAGCUAUGCUUUACACCAGAUUACUUUAUAUAGCAUGUUUGUGGCAAUUAUGGCUUUUAACGCCAAAGUCAGCGACCCUCUCAUUGGUGGGACAUACAUGACACUUUUAAAUACAGUGUCUAACUUGGGGGGAAACUGGCCUGCUACAAUGGCCCUUGGGAUGGUGGACCACUUGACAAGCAAGGAAUGUGUUGGAGCAGAAGGACACAGUUGUAUUGGUCAUGAUGCUGCCGAACUCUGCGUGAAAUCUGGCGGCUCUUGCGUUACCCUUGUUGAUGGAUAUUAUGUGGAAUCAAUUGUAUGUGUUGUCAUUGGGUUUUGCUGGUGGUUCUUUUUUGGCCAAAGGUUGAAGAAACUCCAGGAUGAAGGACAGUCUUCAUGGAAAUGCAGGAGGAGGAAUUAUUUCUGAAAUAACACUGGAAAUUAUACUAGUUGAUCAUGUGUCUGUUAUUAAUGUGGGUCAAAACUGCAAGGAAAAGGUGCUCAGUGGUGUCGGUUAAUGAAUGCUAAUUCUCAUAUCUAAAUAUUGUGUGAAGGGCCUGUUUUGGUUUUAUAAUGCUCAAUACAGCAAACUGCUCUGAAGCAAAAAAGAAAGUAAAGAAGAUCUGACAAACCUAAAACAUUCCAUAUUUUUUUUUUAUCGGUGUAUUUACUGUAUGGCUCAUUUAUAAAUAUCCUGCAAUGCCAGGAUGUUAAGUCACGCCAGUUACUUAAUUCUUUUUUUCUAUACAGGCAUUAUGUAAGUCUAUACUGGAAUCAGUAGCUUUCUACAGAAAGGGAACAAUCUGUUGGAUAUAUCCGACACUUCGUCUCAGUGUGUAUACCAAUGCCAGUGGUUAUUUCUUCCUCUGAGCUACAGAUAGGUUCCUAGUUUUACUUGAAUGCAGACAAAUGAAUGCUGGAAGCCACCUUCAGAAAUGUAUACAUACAUUAAACUGUACUUGUAAUUUUAAGUGGGAGAUUCUAUAAUUGUAUAUAAGUAUAUGUGAUCAUGGAGGAACGGCUUCCCAGACCAGAGCAUGCGUAAACAAAUUUCAGUCUGUUGAGGCAGAACUUAUUCCAAAUCUGUAUUCCAUUUGCUGUAAUGAGCAGGGCCCUGGAGUACUGUCAUAUUGACUGCUACCAGAUACGGUACAUAGUAUUUGAAGCAUAUGAAUUGCAUUUUUAAAAAUGACUUAAGAAAAUUUUCAUAAUCCUCUGUUAAAGGACCAGUAACAGCAAACAUUUUCUAAAAUAAACUUGUUAGUAUUCUACGAAAAAAAGACGCCAACACAUAUUGAAUUUUAAAAUCGCUAAGUCUUUAUUAAGAAAUAACUGAAACGCAGCUUGCACUCCUCUUCAGAAACGGUGACGAUCCAUCGUGCGGCACUCAAUUUCUCCUCCCUGGCUAUAUCCUAUAAGGAAGGCAGGGAGGAGAAAUGGAGUGCCGCACGAUGGAUCGUCGACCGCCUUUUCUUAAGAGGAGCGCAAGUGGAAUUUCAGUAAGUUAUUUCUGAAAGACUUAGCGACUCUAAAGUUUAAUAUAUGUUGGUGUCUUUUUUUCGUAGCAUACUAAUGAAUUUUUUUUAAAAAAUGUUGCUGUUACUGGUCCUUUAAGCAGCAUUCCUAGGAUUGUAUAGUUUUUAUUCUGUGUCUUACCAUCCAUCUUUUGACUGGAAUCUGGUUCCCCAAAGGUGAUUUUACUAUAAUUUUUUGGUUUGUGUUUUUCUAAACUUUUAUGAAUUAAUCAAGACACGGCAAAUACUGUAAGUUGUUUAUUGACAGAAUCUUUAAAUAUCCAAUGAAAAUUUUUAUAAAAACAAAAAUCAUUAGUGAUAUGUUCUAUUUUCUUAUAAUCACUGAUUGAACGAAAACAACCUUUUUAAGGUUUGUUAAAGUUACAUUGUAUAUUAAAGAAAAAUAUCAA